UAUUAGUAUUCCACUCGCGUCCCUGCUCCUCGCAGGAGCGCUUUUGCUGCAGCGCUCCCGACGCCGUUGGUUGGCUGGCUGGCUGGUUGGGUCGGCUUCUUCCUUGGCAGCCGGGUCGGGUCGGAGCCAGGACGAGGGGUUGGGGUGUGCUCGCUUGCUUGCUCGCUUGGCGUGUGGGUCUUCGCUUGCCGCCGCUCCAUCUUCGCCCCCUCCCCAAGGCCUUGGCGGGGCUCCCGUUGGGUCUGAUCCGGGAUCUGUAUGGAGCCCAAACAUUAAGGGGACUGGGGGAGAGCCUGCAGCCUCCCCCCGCGCGCCUUUGCCCCCCCCCAACUGGGCACGCGGAGGAGAGAGAACAAGCAGCUGCGCCAACGUUGCCGGAGAAAAGCGCGCAGGGGAUGCUGCCUCCACGACGACCCCCACUUUGUUUCUAAAGACCUGAGCACCCACCCUGCUCUUCACUGAAGCAUGAACAUUGGACAUGGCCACCCGCCGCUGCACUCGGAAGCCUUCGCUGGUGCCUGGAGUCUCUAGGAUGGUUUGGAAGCACCUGGUCCUCUUCUUCCUCUGGCUGCCAUCGCUCGUUUGGGGCGGAGCCUCCCCCACCUCCUGCCCAGCCGCUUGUUCUUGCAGCAACCAGGCCAGCCGGGUCAUCUGUACGCGCCGGGAGCUGGUGGAGGUGCCCGAGAGCAUCUCCAUCAACACGCGGUACCUCAACCUGCAGGAGAACAACAUCCAGGUCAUAAAGACGGACACUUUCAAGCACCUCCGUCACCUCGAGAUUUUGCAGCUCAGCAAGAACCUCAUCCGCAAGAUUGAGGUGGGAGCCUUCAAUGGCUUGCCCAACCUCAACACGCUGGAGCUUUUUGACAACCGGCUGACCACUGUCCCCACACAAGCCUUUGAGUACCUCUCCAAGUUGCGGGAGCUGUGGCUGAGGAACAACCCCAUCGAAAGCAUCCCUUCCUAUGCCUUCAACCGAGUCCCUUCCUUGCGCCGACUGGACCUGGGAGAGCUCAAGAAGCUGGAGUACAUCUCAGAGGCAGCUUUCGAAGGCUUGGUCAACCUGCGCUACCUGAACCUGGGCAUGUGCAAUCUCAAGGACAUCCCUAACUUGACAGCCUUAGUGCGGCUGGAGGAACUGGAACUCUCUGGGAAUCGCUUGGACAUGAUCCGGCCAGGCUCCUUCCAGGGGCUGACCAGCCUCCGCAAAUUGUGGUUGAUGCACGCCCAGGUGGCUACCAUCGAACGCAACGCCUUCGAUGACCUCAAGUCCUUGGAGGAGCUCAACCUCUCCCACAAUAACUUGAUGUCGUUGCCGCACGAUCUCUUCACUCCCUUGCACCGCCUGGAGCGCGUCCACCUCAACCACAACCCUUGGCACUGCAACUGCGACGUGUUGUGGCUCAGCUGGUGGCUCAAGGAGACGGUGCCCAACAACACCACCUGCUGCGCCCGGUGCCACGCCCCACCCAACCUCAAAGGGCGCUACAUCGGAGAGCUGGAUCAAAGCCAUUUCACCUGCUACGCCCCAGUUAUAGUGGAGCCUCCAACCGACCUUAAUGUGACUGAGGGGAUGGCGGCUGAGCUGAAAUGCCGGACGGGGACCUCCAUGACGUCGGUCAACUGGUUGACGCCCAACGGCACGCUGAUGACACAUGGUUCCUACCGGGUGCGCAUCUCAGUCCUCCACGAUGGCACGCUCAACUUCACCAAUGUGACCGUCCAGGAUACAGGGCAGUACACCUGCAUGGUGACUAAUUCGGCGGGCAACACCACGGCUUCGGCCACACUCAACGUCUCAGCGGUGGACCCAGCCACCACAGGUUACACCUACUUCACAACGGUGACCGUGGAGACGAUGGACCAAGGCCAAGAAGAAUCUGUCCCCACGAAGAAGGAACCUGGGCCGACGCCGUCUCAGGGCUGGGGCAUGACUUAUUCCACCACCUCACUGACCCCUCGCAGCACCCGCAGCACGGAGAAGCCAUUCACCAUCCCCAUCACCGACGUCACCGAGAGCGGCAUGAAGGACCUGGACGACGUCAUGAAGACCACCAAGAUCAUCAUCGGCUGCUUUGUGGCCAUCACCUUCAUGGCUGCCGUGAUGCUCAUCGUCUUCUACAAGCUCCGCAAGCAGCACCAGCUUCACAAGCACCACGGCCCCACGCGCACCAUCGAGAUCAUCAACGUCGAGGACGAGCUGCCCGCCUCGGCCGGGGCGCCCGGCGACAGCCACCUGGCUCUGCCCGCCAUCGAGCACGACCACCUCAACCACUACGCCGCUUUCAAGGCCCACUACAACAACAAUAGCGGCGGCGGACCCCUCACCUGCGGCUCCAAGAACCCCAUGCUCAAUUCCAUCCACGAACCUCUCUUGUUCAAGAGCAGCUCGAAAGAGAAUGUCCAAGAGACACAGAUAUGACGGCCAACAGACCCAGGCAGCGGGGAAUUCUUGUGUGGUGGGAGGGUGCAAGUGGAUUCGUACAUGCGGUGGGGAGGGAGUUGAGGAACGGCUCCUC